CUGGUAGUGGUGGAAGCACAUGGCAGCUUGGAAGAGAUGAAGUAGCUUUUGCCGAGGGAGAUCGUUUUUGUUGGCCGGAACUUGCCAUUUUCACGCCUGGACAAGGAAUUUUGUAGUUGGAGACCACACCAUACUUGACAGGGAAGAAUGGGAGAAAGCACCAUGAGAAGUAGUCGAGAAGUGCCUCCAAGACUCCAAGAUGGACAAGAGCCAGGUCCAUGAAGUCAUUCUUGUUGGUGGGUCUACCAGGAUUCCAAAGGUGCAACAGCUUUUGCAAGAUUUCUUCCAUGGGAAAGACCUCUGCAAAAGCAUCAACCCAGAUGAAGCCAUCGCUUACGGUGCCGUCGUUUAGGCAGCAAUUUGCGGUGAAGGCAAUGAGUGUCCAAGAUCUGCUGCUCCUCGAUGUCACUCCUUUGAGUCUGGGUAUUGAGACUGCCAGUGGUGUCAUGACCGUUUUGAUUCCUCAUAACACAACGAUUCCAGCCAAGAAAGAACAGAUCGUUUCAACCUAUUCAGAUAAUCAACCUGGAGUGUUGAUCAGGACUAUGAGGAAGGAGGAGGAAGAAGAGGAGGAGGAGGGUAAUUCCGUCUUUUUGUAUUCUAAAACUAACACCACACUUGUGGUAUUACUUUCUUUGGGUUUAAAUGUAAUAAGGGAUUUGUUAGGAGAUGCUGUAAUAAAGACAAACAUCAGGGGAAAUUGAUGUAAAUCACCCUAAAUUAUUAUAUCCCUAAUGGUCAUAUUGAAGGUGGGAUGUUCUUUCUGUUGUCAAUGUAAGUCUGGGAAUGUCCAGGGCCUCCAGGCAUUAAUCUUGUACUUUAUUUAUUUAUUUAUA